CGCAACAACUCACUCUAAGCUACCCAUCACCAACCUCGACACCACCAUGGAUUGCUUUUUUUGUCUACCAAUCAUAUGUUCGUGGGAUUUCUCGCCUACCAUGCUCGCGCUCCGCCAUACUCGAUAUUUAUAACACCUUUUACAGUCGGCUGCCCCACAAAAAUCAAGCCGGAAGGAAACGAAGGAGCCAGAAUAUGUCCUCGGUGCCAUAACGCUGCGAUGUUCUCCGCCAAGUCUAGAACCUGGUUCGAGCUCUGUUUCGUCCCGCUCAUUCCUCUAAACUCGAAGCAUGUGUGGAUGUGCGGGAUAUGUCAGCUGCAGGUGCAUGUGCAGCCUGGGUGGGAGCCUCAGGUGGCUCAGCCGGGGUAUCAGCAUCCGCAGUUGCAGGGCCAGUAUGGGCCGUCUCAGAGCGGUGGAUACGAGCCUGGGUAUAUCCAACCUCAGAAGUGACCCGGAUGUCGAGCGUGUCAUGGAUCAUUAACUAUUUUUGCUCGUCUGCAUGAGAGUUACCCUGUAGGAUGAUGAGGU